AACGCCCGCUUCAUCAACCUUUCACAUUCACCCUCAUCUUCACCCUUCACUUACUUCCGCACACCUUUCCCAGUUGUUCGCGCGGCGCCUUCGACUUCCCCAUGUACUAUUCUCGAAACCUCUCUCAACCUCCGGCUUCCUACUCAUAGAACUUGUCUCCCGGCGCGAGCUGGCCUCGCAAGCAUUCUACUUAGUCCGUCGAACGUCUCGUGUCCGCAACAAAUAAUCCGCCAUGGUCCCAACCGCUGCGAACGCCGGCGUUCCGCAGUACACUCCCCACGAAAGACCCCGCCCCCCUCCACCGGCCGUCGAAGCGGAAGAGGCGCAAUGGAUCUUUACCGAGGAGGAGCUUGAGCAGACACCCUCCAUCUUGGAUGGCAUGUCGAUUGCCGAAGAACGCCAUCUGCGCCAGAAGGGCAUCAACUUCCUGCAACAGGUUGGCAUGAUGCUGAAACUGCCAAUGACGACGCUCAGCACGGCUGCCGUCUUCUUCAACCGGUUCCUGGUGCGCAACUCGUUGCAGGCCCGGCCUGGUUACAAGCCGUUGCACCACUAUCAAAUCGCCGCUACCGCCCUCUUCCUCGCCACCAAGGUCGAAGAACAAUGCCGCAAGAUGAAGGAAAUCGUCGUCGCUUGCGUGCGCGUCGCCCUCAAGGACCCCAACAAGCUCGUCGACGAGCAGACCAAGGAUUUCUGGAAGUGGCGUGAUACGAUCCUCUACUCGGAAGAUAUCCUGCUCGAGAGCCUCUGUUUCGAUCUGAGCGUCGAGGCUCCCCACCAGAUCAUGUAUCGGAUGCUGACGUACUACGGGAUUCAGCACAACAAGAGAGUCCGCAAUGCAGCGUGGGCCUUUCUGAUGGACUCGCUGAAUACCCUGCUUUGUCUGCAAUUCAACGCACGGACAAUCGCCGCAGCCAGCGUCUACUGCGGCGCGCGCAUGGCCGACAUCAAACUCCCGCACGUCGACGGCAUGCCCUGGUGGGAGACGCAGUACGUCAAGUUGCGGGACAUCCGCAAGGCGUGCAACAUCAUGGCGGACCUGUACGAGAAUCUGCCACCCAAGGAGGGCGAGGAGCGCAACAUGUACAGCGGCCUUAGGAGCCCCGAGGAGAUUGACAUGAGUUUCCAGACCCCGAGGAGUCUGGCGAAUGGAGAUGUGCCAGUCCUGCCGGCGUCGCAGGGGAGUGUUGGGGCUGCUGCUGAGGCUAGCAAUGGGACAGGAGUUGCGAAUGGAACUGCGGAGAUGAACAUGGAUGUCGACGGCGGCACGAACGCUGCUAACUCUGCAAAUGUCGCGAAUGGACAGCAGAAUGCUACCCCAGCAGGAGAUGGCUCCGAAGAAGGCGAAUUAAGUGGAUAGGAUUCGGGGGCCGGCUGUGCUGUGGAGUGCUCCGGAUACGCGUGAAAUCGGAUCGAGGAUAUGAAGCCGUGAGAGAGAAGGUAGAUGGAACAGUGGGUGCUUGGUUGGUGGUGGCGAUGAAGGAAGAAAUCAAGGGCAUGGGAACAAGUCACUACUUGCUUCGUUGUUGCAUUGACAGGCUUUAGGAGGAGUUUUUGGCUUCCUUGCUCUUUACACUUGAUACCCUGGGACACGGGGGCCUGGAUACUCCGUGACCACUACACACGAGGUAGACGAAUGCAUACGUUCUUUAUCAUUUGACAGGAGC